AUCUAGCCCUGCAGGAGCAACCCACUAGUUUCUUGUGAAUCACUUUUCUCUGUCCACUGCUGCUGGAGAGGAUCUAUUGCGCUCUUCCAAAGAGGCUGAGGCCUGGAGAAAUUCUGCAAGGAGGUGGAUGAUGCUUGUGCUGGCUGAGUAAAGUUGUGGCUUCCUAGCCUGAGACGAUGGUUUUGUCUGUCCCAGUGAUUGCUCUGGGAGCUACCUUGGGGACUGCUACUGGCAUCCUUGCCUUAUGCGGUCUCACCUGCCUGUGCAAAUAUAAGCAACCUGGGAAAGGAGCCUCAGACAAGGAGCAAGAUCAGGACCCAGAAAAUGCCAAGCCCAGCAUACUACAGACAGUCCAGCAGUUCAAUGUUGAGAAGACGGCAGAAGCUGUACAGCCCAGGACAAUCCUCAAGUUUCCACAUAUCUAUGAUCCGAAGCCAGUAGUGACCACAUCAGAAAUUGUUAACUGUGCAGAUUAUACCUUAAAGAGGAUGAAAGAGCCAGGGAAGGGGAAGCCUACAGCUCUGGAUGAGAACAGAAUGAACAUACAUGUCAAUGAAGAGUUAUUCAUUCUCCCUCAAAAUGGUGGAGUGAAAGAUGUAUGUGUCACCGAGUGUCUGAACCCCGAGAAAGCUGGUGGCUGCAACCAACUCCCAGAACUUCGCUAUUCUCUUGGCUACAACCAACAGAAAGAUGCAUUGUGUGUUGCUUUUCUUGAAGCUACCUAUGGAACUGCAGCAGGAGACCAGAACAAUGGCUGUGAUUGCUAUAUCCUAGGCACUUUGGUGACCAAGACCAGCACCUCAGAAGCUCAAACUGUGUUGAAGAAGAAGAAGCCCCAGGUGGUCUGGGAGGAAGCUCUACUGUUUCCAGUAAAGGAGGAGGAGCUACCUGAGGCAGUGCUGACUCUCACCUUGAGAAACUGUGAUAAAUUCUCUAGGCACAGCAUCGUUGGGGAAAUUAAACCGAGUCUGGCAAACGUGGGGGAGCCAUAUGGAACAGUACAGUGUGAGAAGAUGAAAACAUUUGACAAGGAGCCAGAUGGAGGCUAUGGAGAAGUUCUCCUUUCCAUCAGCUAUCUGCCUGCAGCAAACCGUCUGCUUGUGGUGCUCAUAAAAGCCAAGAAUCUCCACUCCAAACAGCUGAAAGAGCUUCUCGGGAAGGAUAUAUCUGUUAAGGUGACCCUGAAGCACCAGUCCCUGAAACUGAAAAAGAAGCAGACAAAGCGUGCAAAGCACAAGAUCAACCCCGUCUGGAACGAAAUGAUCAUGUUUGAGGUGCCCCAUGAUCUGCUCUGUGCCUCCAGUGUGGAGUUGGAGAUGCUAAGCCAGGAUGGAGAUGAUGGGCAGAACCGCUUACUGGGGAAAUGCAGCCUUGGCCUGCAUGCCACCGGCACAGAAAGGAACCACUGGGAAGAGAUGCUGAGGAACCCCAGAAGGCAGAUUGCUAUGUGGCACCAGCUACACAUGUAG